AUUUGACUCCACUUUAUCAUCUCCCAACUCCCACCCAUCUCAACCGCAACUCCAAAUCCGUGCGAAAGCCCUGACUUUGCGGAGCCCCAGGUGCAGCGCAGCUCAACAAACUUGUGACACUUUUUCUUUUAUCCUCCAAGCCAAACUAAGUUUAGGUUCUGACUGGAGGCUAAAGCAGCGAGCAUCAGGUGUCUAGGGAGGGCCUUCAGGUCCCUGGGGACUCUCAGGUUGUAGUCUAGCUCUGGGCAGAGGCUCCAGGGCUUUUCUCAGAGCCUGCAGCUCAACACCGCUGGAAACCACGCUUCCUCACAGCAUGGCUACCAGCUUUAGCGCGGACAGUCCGCAGCAGCUGAGUCCACUGUCUACCCAGCAGACCACUCUUCUAUUACUCCUCUCGGUCCUGGCCGCUGUGCAUUUGGGCCAGUGGCUACUACGACAGUGGCGGCGGAAACCGUGGUCAGCGCCCCCGGGUCCCUUCCCUUGGCCACUGAUAGGAAACGCGGCGGCUGUGGGGCGGGCAUCGCAUCUGUACUUCGCUCGCCUUGCGAGACGUUAUGGCGACGUUUUCCAGAUCCGUCUGGGUAGCUGUCCCGUGGUGGUUCUGAAUGGCGAGAGUGCCAUCCACCAGGCCCUGGUGCAGCAGGGCGGCAUCUUCGCAGACCGGCCGCCGUUCGCCUCUUUCCGUGUGGUGUCAGGCGGCCGCAGCCUGGCGUUCGGCCACUACUCGGAGCGCUGGAAGGCGCAGCGACGCGCAGCCUAUAGCACGAUGCGCGCCUUCUCCACGCGCCACCCGCGCAGCCGCCUCCUCCUCGAGGGCCACGCGCUGGGUGAGGCGCGGGAGUUGGUGGAGGUGCUGGUGCGGCGUUCCUUGGGUGGCGCGUUCCUGGAUCCGACGCAGCCAAUCAUCGUGGCGGUGGCCAAUGUCAUGAGCGCUGUGUGCUUCGGCUGCCGGUACAAGCACGACAAUGCCGAGUUCUUGGAGCUGCUCAGCCAUAACGAAGAGUUCGGGCGCACGGUGGGCGCUGGCAGCCUGGUGGACGUGCUGCCCUGGCUACAGCUCUUCCCCAAUCCAGUGCGCACCACCUUCCGCGAGUUCGAGCAGCUCAACCGCAACUUCAGCAACUUCGUCCUGGACAAGUUCCUCAGGCACCGCGAAAACCUGGUGCCCGGGGCUGCUCCCCGGGACAUGAUGGACGCCUUCAUCCUUGCCGCCGAAAAGAAGGAGGCCGGGGACCCUGGCGAUGGUUCCUCCGGGUUGGACUUGGAGAACGUGCCGGCCACUGUUACGGACAUCUUCGGAGCCAGCCAGGACACCCUUUCCACUGCACUGCUCUGGCUGCUCAUCCUCUUGACCAGAUAUCCUGAUGUGCAAGCUCGCGUGCAGGCUGAGCUGGACCAGGUUGUGGGGAGGGACCGCCUGCCCUGCAUGAGUGACCAGCCCAGCCUGCCAUAUGUCAUGGCUUUUCUUUAUGAAUCGAUGCGGUUCUCCAGCUUUUUGCCCGUCACCAUUCCUCACGCCACCACUGCCAACACCUUCCUCUUAGGCUACUACAUCCCCAAGAACACGGUGGUCUUUGUUAACCAGUGGUCUGUCAACCAUGACCCAGUGAAAUGGCCUAACCCAGAGGACUUUGAUCCAGCCCGAUUCCUAGACGAGGAUGGCUUCAUCAACAAGGAACUAGCUAACAGUGUCAUGAUUUUUUCAGUGGGCAAACGGCGGUGCAUCGGCGAAGAGCUGUCUAAGAUGCUUCUGUUUCUUUUCGUCUCCAUCCUUGCUCAUCAGUGCAAUUUCCAGGCUAACCAAAACGAUCCCUCAAACAUGAGUUUCAGUUACGGCCUGACUAUUAAGCCCAAGUCCUUUAAAAUCCAUGUCUCUCUCCGAGAGUCCAUGGAGCUCCUCGACAGUGCUGUGCAAAAGCUGCAAGCUGAGGAUGCUUGCCAGCGAGCAGCCAGAGGUAGCUGAAGUGUUAGAAC